UCCAUCGUCAGAUAAGAACGACAACCAAACCUCCCAAUCUCAGCUAUAAGUUCCUCAUGCACUGCUCACUGCCCACAGGCAAACUACAGAACCAUGGGCUCUCUAAUGGCAGGAUGGAGUUCUCCAUUCCGAGAUCCUGAGCAUGCUAAGUUUCAGAGGAAUAAGUCGCUCACCAGAGGGGAAAUUAAUGCCUACUGGAGAUCAACGAGCAAGAACGAGGAAGAACGACUGAUUGGUGAUGAUGUUUCCAACGACAAUCAGCAUCUAGGGACGUUAGCUGACCUGUUGCGAGUGCAGGGGAAGGGAGAAUCAAGUAGUUAUCGACCUCUCUGCUGGUGGACGCGGAGUGCUUCGGCGUUCCUUAAUGAGGCUCCAGUCACGGCCAUGGAAGGACCGUCUUGCAAGUAUGCAGCGCAGUGGCUUCAGAGGACCAAAUGAGGCUAUUAAGUUGUAUGGAGACACAGUUUAAGAAGCUUUUCAGUAGUUUAGUUGGUUUGGCUGGGAAGAACGUAUCUGCUGUGCAAGUAGAGAAGUGUGAGCAAGUAGUUCGUCUAACAACUUGGGUUUGUGUUUGUAUGUAAUAGAAAUCAUGCUGUUGUUGCUCAGUGACCAUGCUGGUAGUUUAUAACAGUUAAUUGCUCAUAAUAUAA